AUGCUGGAGAAGUGUUCUUUCUGCAAAAGGUGAGAAGAAUGUAUCAAGCCUGUCAAAGUCGAAAAGAAGGCUGGAAAAGCAGCAGCCAAGAUCAGAAUUGAAGCAGAUGGAAGCUACUUUCAGAUUGAUCAGGAUGGAGGAGCACAAAAGCUGGAGAAGGCUAAAAUCACCCUGAAUGACUGCUUGGCCUGUAGUGGCUGCAUCACAUCAGCAGAGAGUGUUUUAAUCACCCAGCAGAGCCAUGAGGAGCUCUGCAGGAUGCUGGCUUUGAACAAGGCUGCUGCUCCCAGUGAACAGAAAUUGAUGGUGGUUUCUGUUUCACCCCAAUCCAGAGCCUCCCUGGCUGCAAGGUGUAAAAUGGGCGUGCUGGAGACAGCAAAGAAGUUGACCUCAUUCCUGAAGGGUUUAGGUGUGCACUAUGUUUUUGACACAACUUUCUCCAGAAACUUCAGCCUGUUGGAAAGCCAACGAGAGUUUGUGAGACGCUUCCACAAGCAAGCAGAGGACAAAAAGGCUUUGCCAAUGUUAGCCUCAGCCUGCCCAGGUUGGAUCUGCUACGCAGAGAAAACCCAUGGCAGCUUCAUCAUUCCUUACAUCAGCACCACCAAGUCCCCACAGCAGGUCAUGGGCUCCUUGGUCAAGGGCUAUUUUGCAGAACAGCAGCACUUAUCCCCUGACCAGAUCUACCAUGUCACAGUGAUGCCUUGUUAUGACAAAAAGCUUGAGGCUUCCAGGCCAGACUUUUUCAACCAAGAGUAUCAAACCCGUGAUGUGGAUUGUGUGAUCACCACCGGAGAAGUGCUAAAGCUGUUGGAACAAGAAGGAGUAUCUCUACCAGAUGUAGCUCCCGCUUCCUUGGAUACCAUGUUCAGGAAUGCUGCAGCAGAGGAGCUCAGCACCCACUCUGGAGGAGGUUCUGGGGGAUACCUGGAGCACAUCUACAAACAUGCAGCCAAGGAGCUCUUUGGAAUUCAAGUGGAUACGAUUGAGUACAAACCUCUAAAGAACAAGGACUUCCAGGAGGUGACACUGGAGAGGGAUGGGGUGGUCCUGCUCCACUUUGCUUUGGCCUAUGGAUUUCGGAACAUCCAGAACUUGGUGCAGAAGCUGAAACGAGGGAAAUCACCUUAUCACUAUGUAGAAGUCAUGGCCUGUCCCUCAGGGUGUUUGAAUGGAGGAGGUCAGAUUAAACUGGCUGGGGAGUCCAGCAAGGAUGAGCUGCAGCAAGUGGAGAGGUUAUAUGAGUCUCCAAGGACUGAGAUUCCAGAGGAGAACCAGACUGUGGCUGAGCUGUAUGAGCAGUGGCUCUGUGGCUCAGGCUCAGAGAAGGCUAUGGAGGUGUUGCACACACAAUACCAUGCAGUGGAGAAAGCAAACACCGGUUUUAGUAUCAAGUGGUGA